AUGGGAUUAUUUGAUUUGUUUCCAUUCUCAAAGGGAGGUGGAGCGGUAACAGAAACUACAAUAGGUACUAAUAUUCCAACAUAUGAUUCAACAAAAGAUUCUAUAAAUUUACAAGUCAAAUCAUUAUUAUAUUUAUUUAAAAGAUUGAAAAUCAACAAAUUAGCACCAUUUUUGAAUCGUGAAAAUAAUUAUGAAUUGAAAUAUUUUGGAAAUACAACUAUUAAUGAUAUUAAUCCAAUGUAUAAAAAAUUGGAUAAAAUUUAUGAUUUAGAGAAUUUUUUACAAAUUUUAAUUUAUCAAGAUGAAUAUAGAAUAUUAGUUGAUUUUAUAAAGAAUAAAUUUCGAUCUUUAUGUUUUAUGACAGAAUAUCCUUAUGGUAAGGUUCUAGAAUCAACCCUGUCGCCAACAACUAAUAAUUUCCCCCAAUUUGUUGAUGAUGAUGAUAGUUGUAAAAAUUUCAAAUUCGUUUUAUUCCCAUUGAAAAAUGUUACAAUUGAACAAAUGAUACAAAUAUUAACUAAGUCAGAUAUUUAUAUUGAACAUAAAAAUGUAUCAUCUCUGAAACGAUAUCUGAUUGCCAUGGAAUCAAUUAAUGAUGUGUUAAAUUUAAAUGGACAACAAUCUAAAAAUGGUACCACAUUUGAUAUUACCAUGAAUGAAAAGAAUCAAAUAGUGAGACAAUAUUUAAUCAAAUUGGCCAUUCAUAUUCAAUUAACAAGAAUAUAUCAAGAAUAUAUAAAGCAACAUCCAAUAGUGAUAACGAAAGAUCCUUUUAUGACACCUCCAUCUUCACCAACCAAGAAACAAAGUCUUCUGUCAAUUUCACCAAAUAAAAAAACACCCACAAUAAGAAAAUCAAUGUCAAACUUAACCCUAAACCUCAAUGGUAACUCCAAUACUACUAGUGUUAGUUAUAGUAAAGCACCCUCAAUACCUUCAUCACCAAUAAAGUUAAGAUCUAAAACCUCAAUGAAUAAAUUAAACAGUAAACCAUCAAUACUGAAAAUGAAAUUAGAGGAAUUAUAUAAUCCUGUGGCAUCACCUCGUGGGAAGAUAAAGCAAGAUAAACCAGAUUAUAAUAAUGGAAGUGGUAAGAAUACCAGUUCAGAAAAUUAUGAUAUUGAUAUUGAGAUUGAUAAUAAAGAAAAUUUUCGUUGGGAUGUCUAUAAUAAAUGCAAAUUAGCAAUUUUGGAAAAAUUAAAAAUUGAAAAAUCCAGAAUUAAAGAAAGACUUGUUGUUUAA